AUGAAGCUCGUCGUAACAUCAUUCUGGAUCUUCCCGUGCGACCUCCUCUACGUUGAAGCAGAAGUGGGCGACAAUGGUCAUUUCCGUGUGCUCGGUCCUGUGAACGGCAAUCCCAACGACGAAUUCUAUCCCUGGCAGAAGGAUUAUCUUGAGGCCAUCUCUAUACCGGAGGCUUGGGGUAUCCUGGACUCUACUGCCAAAAGAACACCUGUGACCAUCGCAAUUAUUGACGAAGGGAUCGAGGCCACUCACCCUGACUUGAAGGGUACCGUCAUCAAGGGCUACAACGUCGUUGAUAAGAAUGAUGAUACCAGACCUCGAGGACCGCAUGGAACUUACAUGGCUGGCAUCGUUGGUGCUAUCAGAAAUAACAAGAUCGGUAUAGCGGGUGUUCUGGACAGUGUGCGCAUACUGCCCAUAUUCGACGGUGAAGUUUCGACUUAUUCCGCAAUCGAAGAUGCUUUCACCUACCUGAUCAAUAAGAGGGAAGGUGAUGUGAGAGUUAUUCUCAUGACGGCAGGGUCCGAUUCAACUAGUUCCCAAGCCGUUACCGAAAAGAUUCGGGAAGCAACUGCAGCUGGUAUGCUCGUUGUCAUCACGGCAGGGAAUGAGCACCUGGAUCUGGACAAAGCCCCAUACUUCCCUUGCUCCUUCAGCCGUUCACCCACUGAUGGAGUGUUAUGUGUGGCUGCAACGUAUGGUUCCAAUAUGCAGCUUGAAGAUAAAAGCAAUUUCGGUUCAGCUGUUGACAUCGCCGCUCCAGGUUACGAUAUAGCUACAACUUUUCUCGAAGGGGUGUAUGGCACUACGUCGGGCACUUCGGGUGCCGCCGCUAUCGUAGCAGGUAUAGCUGGGAUGCUCUACAGCCUUGAACCUUCUCUGGAGGUUAAGCUGACCCCUGCUUACAUCAAAAGUAUCAUCAAGGACACGGCCACUGGAGGUAUCAAGGGCAGCAAAGGGAAAAAGACUAUGUCAUUCGGCCGCGUGAAUGCUGCGGCGGCUGUCAAUAAGAUACUUGGAAAAAAGAAGGUUUAA